UUAAAAUACGAUAUAUGCUGCAACAAAAAUAAUACGUGUCCGCAGAGGUGGCAAGUCUAGCCCCGCUCCACCAUGGAGCUAUAGCUCCAUGGCUCCACUGAGUCAGUUUUCUUUGUUCAACUUGUCCAUUGCAUUAUAUUUCGUCGUAAUCUUCGAACUUCAAAGUCCAAUCACGUCCUUCAUUUUGUGAUGCGUGUGUGCCACUGCCAGUCAUCUGGGCAAUAUGUUUGGGUGUGGUUGUACCGUUGCAUACGUUUUGGCUCAACGAUUUGCUGUAGAACAACGUUUGCCUGAAUCUUCUUGCUACAGUCGUCACACACUGACACUGUGAAGCUUUUUGUAUACACGUCGUGUACAUGCAUAUCUAACACUGCCUUAUUUUGAUAUACAAUGACGACAUGCAAUGCACAUUUUAUUUACUUCGGGACAAAGUCUUAUUUUGUGGUCCAGAUUUUGCUGUCGAUGAUUGGAGAUUCAACUGCACAUCCACAAUGCCUUGACUUUUUCCCACCGUUUAGCUUCGACCAGGGCGAUCAACCAGAGUUCUGCACUCUGUACCAAGACUUCGGAUGCUGCACCCUCGCAAAGGAUCGGCAAAUUAGGCAGACCUUUCAGACUAUCGUCACGGAAUAUAAUACCAUGCAUGGAAGCUUAUCGAGCAAUUGCAGUAAUUUCCUGAGAGAAAUCCUCUGUCAGGAUUGUUCACCGUACGCGGCUCAUGUUUUCGAUGGUGAGGACUCACCGGAGAAUAUAAGACAGUUGCCCGGGCUUUGCAGCGAUUACUGCACCGAGUUUCAUCGAUAUUGCGGCCAACUCGUCCCCUUCAUCACCACGGAGGAGCUGGUGCGACAAGCCGCUGCCGACUCGGCUGUUGAGUUUUGUGAUAGAAUGGCCAUAACGGAUAUGGAUUACUGCUUUCCCGAUGUCUUAACCGAUGAUGAUCUCUCAAAGUGGGUGGGGGAGGCGCAGUCAGGGACCGGUCGCAGUCAGUGUCUGUGCCUUGAGGAAUUCGCCGGCGGUCUACGCAAUCCUAUCUUCGCCAUCCACGCCAACGACAACACCCACCGAUUGUUUAUUGGAGAGCAGCUCGGAGUCAUACAUGUGUUUUUGGAGAAUCGUACCAGACUGGAGACCCCUUUCUUGGACAUCCGCGAUUCAGUUACCGUAAAAAAAUUUAAUGGAGACGAACGAGGUUUACUUGGCGCGGCCUUUCACCCAAACUUCACAGACAAUUCCAAGUUCUAUGUUUUUUACACGGCGGGCCCGAGGCUCAACAAUAUAUUCAUUCGAAUUAGCGAAUUCAAAGUUAUGGCCAAUGACAAAAAUAGAGCUGAUGUUUCAACGGAAAAAGUUAUCUUAGACGAGGACCAGCCAUUUGUCAACCACAACGGCGGUCAGUUACUGUUUGGGUUAGAUGGCUACCUGUACGCAAGCCUUGGAGACGGAGGAGCAGGUGGUGAUCCACACAAUGUCGCACUCAAUAAGAAUAGUCUUCUAGGUAAGAUUCUCCGAAUUGACGUGGACAGCCAGACAGGCGGCCGAAACUACGGAAUUCCACCAGAUAACCCAUUUGUGGGGGUCGUUAACACCCGCCCAGAAAUCUACGCCUAUGGAGUACGUAACUCAUGGAGAGGUUCGGUGGACCGGGGCGACAGACUGACCGGGUACGGUAAGGGUCGCAUGUUCUUCGGCGACGUCGGUCAGAGUUCGUAUGAGGAGGUCAAUAUCAUCGUCAAAGGAGGCAACUAUGGCUGGCGGGCUAAAGAGGGAUUCUCCUGUUUCAAAAGCGGACAGUGUAACGACCAGUGGCUAGCUGAUGAAGUCUUACCAAUCCAUAGCUAUCCACACUCAGAGGGCAAAUGUGUCAUUGGAGGUUUCGUGUACAGAGGAUGUCAAUCGCCCAACCUUAACGGCAAAUAUAUCUUUGGCGAUUUCCAGUAUGGCCGACUGUUCCAACUCACCGAAAACACAACGACGAACACCUGGGAGAGGCAAGAUAUCUGCUUGGGCGACUCAUCGGUUUGCAAAGGAAAUCUGCUCAAUACCUUCCCAAGAUACAUCAUGUCAUUCGCAGAGGACGAAAGAGGUGAGGUGUACUUUAUGGGAAAAACUGAACAAUCCGCAAAUAAUGAUCGAGGACAAAUUUUGAAAAUAGUGGAUCCUGGAAGGAGAGGGAAUCCAUCGGAAUGUAGCACAGAGGUGUCAACAGUUGUGGACAAUCCUACAACCCCAGCAGAAUCAACAACGACAGCUGACUUGACAUCCACUAUGGAACCAAGAAUCAACCAACUACCUACGAGUGAUUCACCAAUAACGACUGGUCGACCAAUCACCACUGAAUCGCCAAUCAACGAACGACUUGCCACCACUGACUCAGAAUCAACAACGACAGCUGACUUGACAUCCACUAUGGAACCAAGAAUCAACCAACUACCUACGAAUGAUUCACCAAUAACGACUAGUCGACCAAUCACCACUGAAUCGCCGAUCAACGGACGACUUGCCACCACUGACUCAGAAUCAACAACGACAGCUGACUUGACAUCCACUAUGGAACCAAGAAUCAACCAACUACCUACGAGUGAUUUACCAAUAACGACUAGUCGACCAAUCACCACUGAAUCGCCGAUCAACGGACGACUUGCCACCACUGACUCAGAAUCAACAACGACAGCUGACUUGACAUCCGCUGUGGAAGCAAACAUCAACCAACUACCUACGACUGAUUCACAAAUAACGACUGGUCGACCAAUCACCACUGAAUCGCCAAUCAACGGACGACUUGCCACCACUGACUCAGAAUCAACAACGACGGCUGACUUGACAUCGACUGUGGAAGCAAACAUCAACCAACUGACUACGAGUGAUUCGCCAAUAACGACUAGUCGACCAAUCACCACUGAAUCGCCGAUCAACGGACGACUUGCCACCACUGACUCAGAAUCAACAACGACAGCUGACUUGACAUCCACUGUGGAAGCAAACAUCAACCAACUACCUACGACUGAUUCACAAAUAACGACUGGUCGACCAAUCACCACUGAAUCGCCAAUCAACGGACGACUUGCCACCACUGACUCAGAAUCAACAACGACAGCUGACUUGACAUCCACUGUGGAAGCAAACAUCAACCAACUACCUACGAGUGAUUCGCCAAUAACGACUAGUCGACCAAUCACCACUGAAUCGCCUAUCAACGGACGACUUGCCACCACUGACUCAGAAUCAACAACGACAGUUGAUUUCACAUCCAUUGUGGAAGUAAACAUCAACCAACUACCUACGACUGAUUCACCAAUAACGACUGGUCGACCAAUCACCACUGAAUCGCCAAUCAACGGACGACUUGCCACCACUGACUCAGAAUCAACAACGACAGCUGACUUGACAUCCACUGUGGAAGCAAACAUCAACCAAGUGACUACGAGUGAUUCACCAAUAACGACUUGUCGACCAAUCACCACUGAAUCGCCAAUCAACGGACGACUUGCCACCACUGACUCAGAAUCAACAACGACAGCUGACUUGACAUCGACUGUGGAAGCAAACAUCAACCAACUGACUACGAGUGAUUCGCCAAUAACGACUAGUCGACCAAUCACCACUGAAUCGCCGAUCAACGGACGACUUGCCACCACUGACUCAGAAUCAACAACGACAGCUGACUUGACAUCCACUGUGGAAGCAAACAUCAACCAACUGACUACGAGUGAUUCGCCAAUAACGACUAGUCGACCAAUCACCACUGAAUCGCCGAUCAACGGACGACUUGCCACCACUGACUCAGAAUCAACAACGACAGCUGACUUGACAUCCACUGUGGAAGCAAACAUCAACCAACUACCUACGACUGAUUCACAAAUAACGACUGGUCGACCAAUCACCACUGAAUCGCCAAUCAACGGACGACUUGCCACCACUGACUCAGAAUCAACAACGACAGCUGACUUGACAUCCACUGUGGAAGCAAACAUCAACCAACUACCUACGAGUGAUUCGCCAAUAACGACUAGUCGACCAAUCACCACUGAAUCGCCUAUCAACGGACGACUUGCCACCACUGACUCAGAAUCAACAACGACAGUUGAUUUCACAUCCAUUGUGGAAGUAAACAUCAACCAACUACCUACGACUGAUUCACCAAUAACGACUGGUCGACCAAUCACCACUGAAUCGCCAAUCAACGGACGACUUGCCACCACUGACUCAGAAUCAACAACGACAGCUGACUUGACAUCCACUGUGGAAGCAAACAUCAACCAAGUGACUACGAGUGAUUCACCAAUAACGACUUGUCGACCAAUCACCACUGAAUCGCCAAUCAACGGACGACUUGCCACCACUGACUCAGAAUCAACAACGACAGCUGACUUGACAUCGACUGUGGAAGCAAACAUCAACCAACUGACUACGAGUGAUUCGCCAAUAACGACUAGUCGACCAAUCACCACUGAAUCGCCGAUCAACGGACGACUUGCCACCACUGACUCAGAAUCAACAACGACAGCUGACUUGACAUCCACUGUGGAAGCAAACAUCAACCAACUACCUACGACUGAUUCACAAAUAACGACUGGUCGACCAAUCACCACUGAAUCGCCGAUUAACGGACGACUUGCCACCACUGACUCAGAAUCAACAACGACAGCUGACUUGACAUCCACUGUGGAAGCAAACAUCAACCAACUGACUACGAGUGAUUCGCCAAUAACGACUAGUCGACCAAUCACCACUGAAUCGCCAAUCAACGGAAGACUUGCCACCACUGACUCAGAAUCAACAACGACAGCUGACUUGACAUCCACUGUGGAAGCAAACAUCAAUCAACUGACUACGAGUGAUUCGCCAAUAACGACUGGUCGACCAAUCACCACUGAAUCGCCAAUCAACGGACGACUUGCCACCACUGACUCAGAAUCAACAACGACAGCUGACUUGACAUCCACUGUGGAAGCAAACAUCAACCAAGUGACUACGAGUGAUUCACCAAUAACGACUAGUCGACCAAUCACCACUGAAUCGCCAAUCAACGAACGACUUGCCACCACUGACUCGGAAUCACUAUCGACGACCGACGAUCAUACUUCCACUGAUUCAUCGAACAAAGGAGGACCGUCGUCAUCGUUACCAGUUUUGUCGACUGAAACAAAUGCAGCUGAAUCGACAAUCAACCAACUAAUUACAACUGAAUCAUCAACGACUGGCCGUUCAUCCACUUCUGAAUUAGCCAAUGACCGACUGGCCACUACCGGUUCCACUCUACAAUUGAAUACGGAAGAAUCGUUAUCAUCGUCACCAUUAGUGACUACUGAAACAAAAGCAGCAGAAUCGACAAUCAACCAACUACUUUCAACUGAAUCAUCAACAACUGGCCGAUUAUCCACUUCUGAAUUUGCGGACCGGCUGGCCACUACUGAUUCUAUUCUUCAGUUGACUACAGAAGGAUCGUUGUCAUCGUCAUCAUUAUUGUCGACUGAAACGAAAGCAGCAGAAUCGACAAUCAACCAACUGCUUACAACAGAAUCAUCAACGACUGGCCGUUCAUCCACGUCUGAAUUCACCACUGACCGACUGGCCACUACCGAUUCUACUCUACAGUUGACUACGGAAGUGACUGUCGGACUCCGAAUCCUCGCGUUGAAUGGCAUAUCAGCUAGAUUUACCGCUGAUCUUACCAACAGCAGCUCUCAGGCAUUUCGUGAGCUAUCAGCACAAGUGACCAUGGCGGUGUUGGACAUCCUCCGCGGUUCACCAUCCACCGCUCUCGUCAUGGAUUUUGUGAUUUCUUCGAUACGUAAUGGGAGUUUACUGGUCAACGGUGUUGCCAUAUUUCCUACCAACUCGGUGAUCGAGGCGAAUGCUUUAGUCCAGGUCCUGAACAGCGCUGGAAGUAACGACGGAGAUGUAUCCAGUUCACUAACUAUUGAUCCGUCAGCUACCUAUGCAGCAGAAUCGUUAUCAUCGUCACCAUUAGUGACUACUGAAACAAAAGCAGCAGAAUCGACAAUCAACCAACUACUUUCAACUGAAUCAUCAACAACUGGCCGAUUAUCCACUUCUGAAUUUGCGGACCGGCUGGCCACUACUGAUUCUAUUCUUCAGUUGACUACAGAAGGAUCGUUGUCAUCGUCAUCAUUAUUGUCGACUGAAACGAAAGCAGCAGAAUCGACAAUCAACCAACUGCUUACAACAGAAUCAUCAACGACUGGCCGUUCAUCCACGUCUGAAUUCACCACUGACCGACUGGCCACUACCGAUUCUACUCUACAGUUGACUACGGAAGUGACUGUCGGACUCCGAAUCCUCGCGUUGAAUGGCAUAUCAGCUAGAUUUACCGAUGAUCUUACCGACAGCAGCUCUCAGGCAUUUCGUGAGCUAUCAGCACAAGUGACCAUGGCGGUGUUGGACAUCCUCCGCGGUUCACCAUCCACCGCUCUCGUCAUGGAUUUUGUGAUUUCUUCGAUACGUAAUGGGAGUUUACUGGUCAACGGCGUUGCCAUAUUUCCUACCAACUCGGUGAUCGAGGCGAAUGCUUUAGUCCAAGUCCUGAACAGCGCAGGAAGUAACGACGGAGAUGUAUCCAGUUCACUUACUAUUGAUCCGUCAGCUACCUAUGCAGCAGUUCCAAAUCAAGGUUGCCCCACGAACUACUGCACAAAUGGCGGCAUCUGCAAGCAAGUAGGAAGCCCCCAAGACCACGUGUAUUCUUGCGAAUGCGUGGAAGGUUACGCGGGACGUCUGUGCGAAAACGGAGGCCCAGACUCGGAAGGUGAUAAUUUCCCCGUUGUUGUCAUUCUGGCUGCUGUGGGAGUUCUGGUUCUUGCUAUCGUGGGAUUGAUGGCGGCGGUAAUCAUGAUACAUGCUCGCUUCGCAAGAAGUGUUGAAAAGCCAGAGACAAACACACCCAGAUAUCAUCAUCAAAGAUCCUUCGGUGUGGGUUUUGUAGACAGAGCUACGACACGUCCCCCAUCUCAGUAUUGGGUUCGUAACCUGGAAAGGGACAACUUUCGCUUGCCUUACGUUGUCCCCGACACACCAGUAGAGGAGUUUUGGGGCGAUGCUGUUUACUAUUAGCAUCCUUCAUUUUCUGCAAGUCUAGGGGACCUUCAAACCUUCUUGCCGAAGCAGAUUGUUCAGAGACUAUAAUCUUGGAGCGGUAUAUAUGUCGUACAUUGGUUAAAUUGGUUGCGAAGUAUGUACACAUUAUUGCAACGGGUGUCAUUCUCAAGUUGCUCACUAUAACGGCGUGACUUCAUAUUUUUCAUAAAAGUCUGAGAUUUUGAGUAUCUGAAAAUAUUUAUAUUGAUGAUGAACUUAUUCAUUAUUAACAUUGUUUUACGUUUACCAUUAAUUGGUGGUUGUUAAUUGGUGGUUGAUUGAGCACACACUUUUAGAUCUUUUCUAGAUUGGUUAUGGUUUAUAGUUUGGUUUUGGAUUAUGGUUUAUUUAAAAGCGUGACAUAUAACAGUUAAAAACUGAAUUGCGUGCCAUGAUAAUACAACAAUAAAAUAACAAUUAAAAGACACAAAUGAACAUUAAAUGUGUUUAAACUAAAUAAAAAAACCUCCUCUGUAGUCUGUACAAGGAUAGCGUCUAGGCCUAUACGUUUCUUUAUAUAGACAAAAUGGAAAAGGAAUGAAAUUGCACAUUGUUGUUGUUUAAAAUAAAUGAUGAAUGGAAGGUGGAUUUUAAUACUAUUGACGUAAUACAUAAAAGGAUAAAUUUGUUUACAAAAUUGAAAUUAGUAUUUUUUAACAACUCAAGUUUGAUAAUUUUAACACUGACUAUGUAAUCGUAGGAAUGCUGUACUUAUAAUGUAGAACAAUCAGUGAACUUCUUUUAGCUUCACUGAAUGUUCAUAAUUUCAUGGUUAUGUUGUAUUUAAUACAAAUGUACAUAUAACAUUUUGCUGAUGAAGUCAUUUUAUUGGGUUUAUACUAAACAUGUUUUAUUUUUGUAUUUUCAUUGUCUUUGUUGUUCUUGCAAGAACAUGUAUAAUGGACCAUUAUCAUGUUGCGGCCAUCUUGAUGUUUUCCCAUUUAAAUCAACGUAACCUUAGCGAGGCUGGAAGGAAAAUACUCUGGUUCCUUUUUGCACAAAAAAAACAUCAUUCAGCACUGUGAUGCAGGGAACAUGACUGAAAUGGUGGCAGCAUGAUAAAAAUCUAUAACGUCAAAGCGCCCCAGCUCUUUCACAGCUUUAAGAAGAAAUUCAUUAGCAAUAUUGAUAAAUGCAUAUUUUGACAAGGCUAGUUCAUUAGUUUUUCAGCAAUGAAAAAAAAUAUGGGCCCUAUUAGAACGCCCGGGGUUUCCAUUAAUUUAUGUUACAUGUCAUUUUAAGGUUUUUGUCAAGCGUCAGGUUUCUUCGAAAACAUUUGCGAAAGUUUGGCAACUUUCAUCUUCUCGUUGAUUGCAAAACUUGGCAGCUUCAAAGUGAUUCGAACCUUGCAGACCCCGUCAAUGUCGGUGGUCGAGUAGUGAGACGUCUCGCAAUCCCUCGGACAGUCCUACUUUUAAAUCAAUUGACAUAUCUCCCUGACGCAUAAUUUGUAUCAAAUAAGAAAGUCUGGAAGCUCCGUAUUUGAUAUGAAAUUGCACUAAGGCAAAUAUAAUUUCAGACCACCAGUCAACAAUGUAUUUCGUUCAAAUCCCCUUAAUGAGUUGCGAAGAAGAACAUCAUAAAAUGGCUGGUUUAGACAGUAA